ACACUUCUUCCGUUGCGCCGGAAGUGACGGAGCAUGAACAUCCGAGUUGAAAGGUCAUCAAAAUUUGUAAGCGUUAGCCGGAAACUAGAGAAGCUUUUUCUAUUUACAUACAUUUUUUUUUGCAAAAUGUCAGCGACAGAAGACAGUUCUGAUGUGACUCUUCCGUGUGUCCUCAUCACUAGCUCUGAUAGUGACUUUAAAGAAGAAGAGCUGGUAAAACAAAUCCUUAACUCGAGGACUUUGCCUGAGCCGACAAAGCGAGAGGAAGCAGUCGCCUGGUAUCCUUGGAUCAUCAACAACAAAUAUUAUACGGCAGAUGUCAGACUGUGUACUGUACCGAGCAUCACUCAGGUGUCUGCAGAAAUUGCCCAGUCCAUGCAGGCGUUUAUUGCUUACUUCGAUAGUAAAACGAAGAGUGGCUUAGAAAAACUCAAACCCUGGAUAUCAGUGGUAGAAGAUCUGGCUCCUGAAGUGCUCAUUCUAGUGUGUGACAGAGUCAGUGAAGAUGGAGUCACCAGGCAUGAAGCACAGCAGUGGUGUUUGGCUCAUGCCUUUGAGCUCGUGGAGCUUAAUCCUCAAGAGCUUCCAGAUGAGGACGAUGACUUUCCAGAAUCCACAGGAGUUAAAAGAAUAGUUCAGGCUCUGAAUGCUAAUGUGUGGUCCAGUGUGGAGAUGAAGGAUGGACACAAUCAGGGUUUUAAUUUAAUGAGCAGUUUGGUGGCAUCCAGACACAAUGACCCACAUAGCCGCCAGGAACCUUCUCCCCCUAGUUUACCAGAGGAGAGUCCACCCACUAAUGAGGAGACUAACCAGACAGACAGCAGAGCAAACACAGAUGGACAGCCAGACACUGUUGUAGAUGCAAUGACUAAUUUAGAUAUUCAAGAGCUUGCCAAUCUCACAGCUGGAGAUGCUGACGUGGACAACUUUGAGCGCCUGUUUACUAAACUAAAAGAAAUGAAAGAUAAAGCGUCUUCAUUACCACACGAACAGAGGAAAGUUCAUGCAGAGAAGGUGGCAAAAGCAUUUUGGAUGGCCAUCGGCGGGGAUGAAGAUGAGAUAGGUGGACUAUCAUCUGGAGAGGAAAGCUAAAAAAAAAAGCAACCUGUGACUGAAAUCUUUCUCUUAAUCCUGUAGCUAUCACAAGAUUCUGUUCCUACUGAUUUACCACGUAUAAAAUGAAGACAUUUACAGUUGUAAGCUUAUUGGUUUUUAGAAACAUUUGACUCGUCUAGAAACUAAUGGAUAAAGAGGUAACCUCUCUCAGUGGAGGGAAUCUGAACUCGUCUUCCCACAAAAUGCUUUAGUGAACCUCAAUACAUGAUGUAAUGCAAGUCAUACAAACGUAUGG